AUGACUGAGGUUAGGGAGGACUCCCGAGACCCCCGGCAUCCUAGUCCUGGGCCGUGGGCCCCGGACGCCGGGCCAGGACGCCGCCAGCUCCCAGGGUCCCUUGCGGGGACCACGUUUCCCCGCAGCCCCCGCCGCUGCCGGGUCCUCGCCACGUCCCCUUCCCGGAGCUACGCGCCCGGCUGGGUUCUGAUCCGCCUUGUCUCUCGGGGGCGGCUCGCGGGACAGGGGCGUUCCCGGCUCGGCCGCACGCCCAGGUGUCAUGCGGGAGGUACGCGGGCACGGGACCUCACCGGCUGCGCCGAGUACGGCAAGAGCCUCCGGUACAGUUACUCCCUGAGCGGUCAUCUCCGAAGCCCUGCUCGUGAGAAGCCUUCCCCCUGCCCUGACUGUGGAAAGCGUUUCAGCCAGAGCUCCGACCUGCUGCAGCACCGGCAGAUUCACCCGGGGCCAGACCUUAUCGCUGUCCCCAGUGCGGCAAGACCUGCUGUGGCCGCUCCAACCUCAUCAAGCACCAGCGAGUCCACUCGGGAGAAGCCAUUCGUCAGCGGGGAGUGCGGCAAGGGCUUAGCGGCCAGCUCUGCUGCUGGCUCACCAAGCACACACUGGCCCUGCGUCUGUCCCCAGUGCCAGCAGGUUUUUGGGGACCGGUGGAAGCUGAUCCGCCACCAGCGAAUUCACACAGGAGAGCGUCCGUUCUGCUGCUGCAGCUGCGGUGACAGCGUCAAUGAGAAGACCUCCCUCUCCCAGCGCGUCCUCCCGCACCCAGGGAAGAAGACCUGCAGGCGUGGGAGCGUGGAGAGCGUCAGCCUCGCACCCAGCUCAGUCGCCCCGGGCAGCACCUCCGGGCUCCGGCCCUUUGGGAGCCCCGGGUCCUUCCUUCAACGUCUGCCCCCAUCCACACUCCUGCCCCGACCUCCCUUCCUUUAUCCUGGCCCCCCACUCAGUCUCCAGCCUCUGGUUCCAUCCGGCCUUCCCGGCCUCCGGGAGGCCUGGAAGUUGCCCAGGUUCCGCCAGUCACCCAGCCGGCAGCUCAGCAGGAGGGGGCGAUGGGGCCCAGAAGCUGUGCGAGCGCGGGACGGGACUUGCGGGAGGCGGUUCAGGCCCCAGGCUACCCUGAGCCAGCCCGGGAGGCCUCGCAGCACAGAGCGGCCCGAUCGCUCGGCGAGGCCAGGGCCAGGCUUCAGCGACAGUGCUGAGCUCCUCCGCCACCCUCGAACCCACACUGGAGAGGAGCCCUACCAGUGUUUCCGGUGUGGAAGGCCUCCAGCCGGAGGUCCAACCUGGCCCGACACUGAAGAACCAGCGUGCUGCAGCCUCGGGUGGAAUAGUUGCAGCCCCCGGUGGACUGUGGAUCUGAGAUGCAGUCCCCUCCCUCCACACAGACCCGCUCAGGACGGCUUUUCUGUAUGGCAGAUCUUUCUCAGAAGUGCUGGGGGCUAUUUUGUUUGUUUUUUUCCCCCUUAAUUCUCGCUCCUUUCCCUUACACAUUAAGGAAUUUAGGCAGGUGAGGCUGCGGGCGGCGACUCACACCUGUAAUCCCAGCGCUUUAAGAGACCGAGGUGGGAGGAUCGCGUGAGCCCAAAGAAUUUGAGACCAGCCUGGGCAGCCUAGCGAGACCGCAUCUUUGUGAAAUAAAAAUAAAACGAGCUGGUGUGGUGGCGCUGGCCUGUAGUCCCAGCUACUCAGGAAGGUGAGGCGGAAGGAUCGCUUGAGUUGGAGAGUUCAAGGCUCUAGUGAGCUAUGAUCAAGCCACUGCACCCCAGCGUGGGCGACAGAGUGAGACCCUGUCUCUCUAAAAUAACUAAAAUAACAAAAGGAUUUAGGUAGGUAGUAGGCAAAGGCAUAUUAUCGAAGUAAUAAUAAUAUACAAGGUAUAUUCUUGGUGUGGACAGGAAUAAUGUUGUGUUAUCUUAAUAUUAGUGAUUAAUAUUAUUUCUCUCUUUUUUUUUUUUUUUUUCUUGAGACGGAAUCUUGCUCUUUUGCCUAGGCUGCAGUGCAGUGGCAUGAUCUCUGCUCACUGCAACCUCCAUCUCCCGGGUUCAAGCGAUUCUUCUACCUCAGCCUCCUGAGUAGCUGGGAUUACAGGCGCCCACCACCACGCCCAGCUAAUUUUUGUAUUUUUAGUAGAGAGGGGGUUUGACCAUGCUGGCCAGGCUGGUCUCGAACUCCUGACCUCAGGUGAUCCGCCCACCUCAGCCUCCCAAAGUGCUGGGAUUAUAGGCAUGAGCCACCGCACCCGGCUUCUCUUGUGCUUUUUAGAUAAGUAUUUUUAAAAGCGUUUGUUGGUUGUCAGCUGGGCACGGUGGCUCACGCCUGUAAUCCCAGCACUUUGGGAGGCCGAGGCGGGCGGAUCACAAGGUCAGGAGAUUGAGACCAUCCUGGCUAACACAGUGAAACCCCGUCUCUACUAAAAAAAUACAAAAAAAUUAGCCGGGCGUGGUGGCCGGCUCCUGCAGUCCCAGCUACGCUGGAGGCUGAGGCAGGAGAAUGGUGAAUGGCAUGAACCCGGGAGGCGGAGCAUGCAGUGAGCCGAGAUCGUGCCACUGCACUCCAGCCUGGGCGACAGCGAGACUCCGAAUCAAAAUAAAAAUAAAAAUAAAAAGUGUUUGUUGGUUGUCUUAACGAUGUGCUAUUAGAGUGAGGAAAAAAAAGUUACCCUAUGAGAAUUUAAACUGCAUGAAAGUCUGUGGUAGCAUUACUGGUUCGGUUUCCAAGCUUGCUACCCCAAUCCUUGAUGCCUCUUUCUCCCAAUACAAGUAGUAUCAGGCACUGCCAUCUACUUGUUGUACCUCAGAAGAGUUUUUCGACAGCACCCCGUGCCCUCUGUGGCCUGUGCUCUCUCGCAGGUGCAAGUCCUGUCAUCAUGAGCCUGGACUGUUGCAGAAGACUCCUAGCCAAUCUUGCCUGGUUCCCGCCUCUGCAUCUGGUUCAGCAUCCAUAGAACCUACGAGUUAUUAUAGAUUCCUGCCUCAGACUCCAGACUCCAACACUAAAUCUGAUGUCAGUCUCCUGUCCGAAAGCAUCUCCUGCCUGCCACUCCCACCCCUCCACCCCCUCCGAUGACCCCAGCAGGUCCUACAGAACAGGGUUCAAAUGCUUUAGCGUGGCAUGCAUGCUUCUCCAUUGGGCUUUGCCUGACCUCUGUGCCUUUGCUGGCCAGGGCCUCCUGCACCUCUGUGUUUUUGCACUUGAUUUAUUUCUUUCCACUGCCCAAAAUGACCUUUCCCCUUUUCUGUCUCCCAGACUUGCCCUACUCAUUCAUAUGAGCCCCACUUCCACUGAGAGACUGCCCCACUUCUCGUGUCACACCUGACGUGGUGAGUGCUCCAGUGGCAUUGAGAACAUAGGGCAUGUCUGUCUGGUAACCUAUCUCCCCAGCAGACUGAGCUCCACGAGAGCAAGAGACCCUGGUGCAGGGCCUGGCUCACAGUGGGUGCUCAAUUAAUAUUACUUAUGUGAAGGAACCACUUCCAGCUGCUCAAGUAUUCUAUGCUAAAACUUGGGUUUCUUUCAUCCUUGUUGUCCUCCCAAGAUACAAUGUGUACAUACUUGGAAAGUUAGCCAAGGUGACUAUGAAGGUGACCCCACCCAAUCAAUCUAUGUCUUCCUGGUUACUGUGCCUGUCAUUCGAUGAUUCCAUGGUUAUGUCUAUAGUGAUAACAGAAAAAAGCAACUGAAAACAAUAUUGUUUACUUGGGUCUCAUGCAUCUCCUCCACACAUUUGUAGAAAUGAGAUUACCACAAAUUGCCAAGAUGGUUACAUCAAAUUUUCAGCAGCAUCAGUCAUAGGACAAAAAGGCCUUUGAGUGUAUUUAUAAUAAUCAGCAUUUACUGGUGGCAAAAUACUGGUUUGGAAAAUAUCUGAGAUUAUGGUCAGGCAUGGUAGCUCACGCUGGUAAUCCCAACACUUUGGGAGGCUGAGGCAGGUGGAUCACCUGAAGUCAGGAGUUCAAGACCAGUCUGGCCAUAAUUUCAGAUGAUGAGAUUAUAGUGAAACCCCAUCUCUACUAAAAAUGCAAAAAUUAGCCGGGCGUGAUGGCGCACAUCUACAAUUCCAGCUACUCAGGAGGCUGAGGCCGCGGUGAGCUGAGAUCGCACCACUGCACUCUAGCCUGGGCAACACAGUGAGACUCCGUCUAAAAAAAAAUCUGAGAUUAACAGGUUGCCAUUUUAGGAGCUCUUUAUAGACCAGCUGGCCUAGUGGUCCUGAUUCCAUAAUAUGUGAAGUAAAGGUCUUGCAGGGGAGCACCAAUUUCAAACUCUGUCCUAGUUUGCAGCCUUGGCUGGAGUGACCCCAGUCAUGAGGCAAACAGCACAAGUGUGCAAGUGUCAUGGGUUCAGCCAGAACAUCAGUGUUCCCAGCAUUAGACACAGAUUCGGGAGAAAUCAAAUCACAGUGUAGAGAUGUAUUGUGAUGUGUCACACUACACUAUUAUAAAAUGAAAGAAA